AUGAAUCCACAACCCCAAAUUCAGAAGUCGAUAACUACCUCUUCUAUGGAUGCACAAGAUCACAAUCAAGAUCUUCAUCUUGAUCUUGAUAAUGGCAACAAUCUUGAUUUUGAUCUUGAUGAUGAGCACAACAAUAACACCAACAAUCUUGAUCAUGAUCUUCAUAAUGGCAACAAUCUUGAUCUUGAUCUUGAUGAUGAACACAACAUUAACACCGACAAUCUUGAUCAUGACACAGAUGGUGAUGAUCUUGAUGCAGAUGACAAUGACAUGAACGGAGAAAACAUGUUGAGUUAUGAACAGAACCCUCUUUAUUGUACGGAUAACAACCCACCGGAGUCGUUUUCAAUCUGCCAGGCGAAAGUGGCAGACUGGCUGGAGCACCACACAUUCAUCGAGCGCAAGGCGUCUGUGAAGUUCGCCGUCGUCACGAAAAACCAAGAUUCAACUCAAACCCGGUCGACUCACCGAUCAAUGACGACUUUAAACCAACGACCAAAGCUUUCCAUAAUUGGGUUCAGAAAAAAGCAGAUCCAUCAAACCGAUGGGAAGUCCAAACAUAACGAUAAGCCGGAAAACAUCCGUUUGUUCAGGAACCGGUCUGAACCGGGAAGGGACUACUGUCUACUGAUAACUGAACCGGUUUCUCCUAAGGUUUCGUGUGUGGGUCGGGUCGGGUCAGUGAGGGUUCGAGGAAGGAAGGCUGGGGUUUGGAGGAGUGUCAAAGCUGCUUUCUCGAAUCUUGUUCAGACGAACAGAGUGAUGAAGAUUGUUGCUUGA